AUGAACUCACUGCCUGGCGAUUUUCAUAAUUUCUGCCCAGAAGAGCAUAUAAACUCAUCCGCAUUUCCUCAAUAUUCAGGCGCCCUUGAUAUUCACGGAGAUGGUUCAAAUGUUCAUACUCAUUAUCCAACGAAUUCAUCUUCUCUGCCUCAUCUCAGUGAAAUCGAAGAUUUUCCUACGGAGAAAACCCGACAAUUCGACAAUAUGUUUACUUUUGGAUCUUUUGAUGACCUUCAUGGAGAGAUGAAUAUCGAAGAGAAUCCCACUAUCAACCGCGAGAUCCGGUCUUCAACCGUCCUUCAGGAAGAAAUAGUCGUUUAUGAAGACACAGGAGCGAAAAGAAUCAGACUCCAGGGAAGUUUCGUCGAGCUCAAAGAUGGAUUUACAAAGAACUCUCUUGAGGAUUCCCAUGCAAAGUCAUUUCAACAAAACAACAACGAUAACGUCGAUUUUCAUGCUGAUAAUCGGAUUGUAUUGACGGAUCUCGACGAGAUACAGUUGCACGAACUUCUACCCAUUCAGCCUGUGUCUUCGUUUCAAAACGACGAUGUCCAGCAAUUACCAAUUCAAGAAAAUCCACCUGAAGACAACCAAGUUUUGGUCGUGCCACAGGCUUCUGAUAAUAUGAUUGCGUCUUUCAAAGAUAUAUUUUUGAAGAAGCAUCUCUUUGCUACCACUCCUGAGGAAACACGAAAAGCUGCUGCAGAAUUUCUCCUCUCUCACGACCAGGUCCAACCGGUGAAAGAUAGAGCGAAUGGAACCUGCGAUCGUGAUCGUCACUUUCAGUGUGAUUUCUGCCCGCUAUUCUCGCCCCAAGUUCGAAGCUUCAAAACAAUGGAAGCUUUAUGGCGUCACUUCUGCCAGCACUUAGGACAUUUCAAGUUCAACUGCAGCCACUGCCCAGCCUGGAACCCGAAAGGAUUCUAUCGGCAAGACAAGUUCGAUGAGCACAUGAAGAAAAAGCAUCCACAAGUUCCACUCCGCGCAAAACGACCUCGAGCAGCGAAUAAGAAGAAAACCCUGCGAGAUUCUGCAGGUCAUUCUGGCUGA